AUGGCAGAUACUAUGCAUCGACAAAGCUCCGCUGUAGUGGGUGGCGCAGCUCUUGAGUCUCUCCUCCACGCCCUCGACCCCAUAUCUCUCCUCCUCUCCCACAACCCGGUUCCGCUAUCCGAACCCGAAUACAUGGAGCGAGGACCAAGAUACAAUGCCUAUGCUGAACUCAGAGAAUCCAAGCUAAGAAGCAAGUAUCAAAUGAGCCCAGAUGAACAUCAACUGGAACAAGAGAAAGAGUCGAAACCGACUCCAGUUAAGAAACAGGUCAAGUUUCAGGUUGCUGUUCCGAGCAGUAAUGUGCCGCGGAGAAAGGGUUCUGCUUAUUCAUCUUCAUCUUGUGUUGUGGCUCAAUCUGUGCCGGAUUUCUCGGCGGUGCUGAGGAGGGAGAAAGAGAACCGUAAGCCGGCGAGCAGGCUUGAGAUGACUCCGCCGUGGUCGAAAGGGAACCACGGCGGGGUUUUGUCGAGUUCAAAAGGGAGUAAGUCGGCGAGUGCUGUGGAGAAGAACAGGUUGAUGUCGAGAAAGAGCUAUGCAAGUCUUGAAGAGCUUAAGGGCUUGUCUUCCAUUGCUGCUAGUGCUAUUAAUAGUGGUGGUGGUGGUGGUGGUGGUGAAAACCGGGCAGGUAGGAGGAUUGUUAGAGCAACGGCCAAGAAUGUUUUGGGUUACAGACACUUUUGA